GAAGACAGGACGAGAGACGAGGGAUCCAACCUCGACAAGCGCCAGAAAGUGCGGCACAGCAAAAAUGUCGAAGACCGCUUGACGCAAGGUUUUGAAGGAGAUAUCAGGCUUCGUCACACCGACUAUACUGUUGGAUGGAUAUGCGCACUUCCGAUCGAAAUGGCCGCAGGGCGCGCCAUGUUGGAUCGAAUCCACGAAGACCUACCCACGAGAGGCAACGAUACGAACGCUUACAUCUUGGGGAAUGUUGGCAAGCACAAUAUUGCCAUGGCUUGCUUGCCUGCUGGCCAAUAUGCGCCGGACUUUUGAGUCCAUUCGAAUUAGACUGAUGGUUGGAAUCGGCGGCGGCGUACCCGGCAACAUCAAUAUUCGACUCGGGGACGUUGUAGUCUGUGAUAAGGUACUGCAGUACGACUUGGGCAAGAUUAUUACGGGUAACCGUGUCCAGCGAACUGGGACUGCUCGCGUCCCUCCCCAAAUUCUUCUCAACGCAGUCUCCAAGCUGAGAGCGAUCCAUGAGACCAGACCGAGUGAAAUUCCCGCCAUCUUGCAAGACAUGCAUAAGCGCCACCACAACAUGGCUGAAUAUGUUUGUCCUAGCUUGGACGAGGACCGAUUGUUCCGCGCGACCUACGAUCAUGAAGGCUCAAAUAAUUGCAAGAACUGUAGCCUUGCUGAAAUACAACAUCGAGAUAGAAGGGCAACGUGUCACCAAAGAAUCCACUUUGGCGGUAUUGCAUCCGGCAACCAGGUUGGGAAAUGCGGCAGGACCCGAGAUGCAUUGGCCAAGGAACUAAAAAAAUUGUGUUUUGAAAUGGAAGCUGCUGGCUUGAUGGAUAAUUUUCCUUGCCUAGUAAUAAAAGGACGUGCCGGGCGCAAUGCCGACAUGGUCUAUACUAAUCUAAACUAUAUUAC